AUGGCAGCACUUCCCUCCCACAGCUUGCUCAUGGUCACCCAUGACUCUUACUGGUGCGACCUGGGUUCCACUUCCACUAACAGCCCUUGUAGAACUUCAGAGUACCCUGGGGAAGCCACCCCUCACCACCCAGCUUCUUUUGAGGGAAGUCCACUCUCUCGUUAAAGGCUAUAGUGUUGGAGUCCCCAGAAUGCUCCAAGUGUCCCCAAGCCUCCAGUGGCAUGA